CCUACAGAGUGGAGGAGAGGUAAAUAUCAAUCUACAUUUGUCAAUAAUCAAUGCAUUAUUGUUGGUCAAAACAGCACCAUUAAUCAAAAACUAAAAUAAAUGGUUGAGUAAAUUAAGUGUGCAAUAAGGUGAUUGUAUUCUUCUGACUUCAUGUGUCAUCUUAAAUCUAUGUUAAGAAAAAUUCUAAUAAUUUUAGCAUCAGCGUUGGUUUCCAUGCUUGUUUGUUUACCGUUCUUCUUCUUCUCCUAUAAGGCAGAUUUGCUGUGAUGUUUUUCUCGCUUCCCUUUUAUAAAUCAUCCAAGAUCAAAUGUGGACCCUCAUGUGCAUCAGGCUCCACAAUGGACUGUGAUGGGGCUUUAAAGUCAAGAUGCUUUGCUCCAAAGAGCUAAAAACACAUCGGAGCACGACAGUGUUGGUUGGCAUUUGCAACUUGCUGAACGACCGAAGCUACAGACGCUGAGAAGGAAGAAGAGAAGAUCGUUCUGCAGCAGGUAAUCAUCAUCUUCAACAUCUGCAUCAUCUCCACCAUGAAGACGCUGACUCUGUCUGCACUUCUUUGUGCCAUGAUGGCUCUGACCAGAGCUGCUGCUCUUCCAGACGCAGAGGCUGGAAAUCGGACUGACUUGUUCACUCCAACAGGAGGGAGUCAUGUUGUCAAGAGGGCCACAUCUUGUCCCAGUGGCUGGAUUCCUUUCAACGGUCGAUGUUACCUCUAUGUUGCGCAAUCCAUGAUCUGGGCUUUGGCUGAGAGAAACUGUCACUCUCUGGGUGGAAACCUCGCAUCUGUACAAAACUCCAAGGAGUUUGGUGUGAUUCACAUCAUGUCGACAUCGAGCAUCACUCAAAAUCAAGUUGUAGCGUGGAUUGGAGGGUCUGAUGCACAACAGGAGUCACUGUGGUUCUGGAGUGACGGAACGCCUUUCCACUUUACUCAGUGGUGUAAUGGACAGCCUGAUAACGCUGGUGGUCGUCAGAACUGUCUUGGCUUUACUUUUAGAGAUCAGAGAUGCUGGGACGACUUUGCUUGUGAUGCGCAGCUCCCAUCUAUCUGUGUCAGAGAGGACAGAUAAAAACAUGAAGAACCUCGUCUCUCUUUGAGCCACCAGUCUCAUAUUUAACCUGAAGGCUCUAUAUCUCAUUUCACAUCUUUAUUUCUUCUCUAUCGCUGUAACGCUACUUAAGGAACGAAGCGACAAGUGACAUAAACAGCAGCUGGAUUGUCUCUUUAAUACGAGCAGACUGAAUGUGUAAUGAAAAGAAAGCUUUUAGCACAACUUUAUUCUGCAGAGUGAACUGUUUUUUCUUGUCUUAUGCAAAAUUAAAAGUCUC